AUGCUAAAACAAUCUGCUGGACAUUCUUGGUAUUUCUACACUUUAACAAAACACAUCUGCUGGCCGAAACUCGGCCAUCGUAUCGCUGUACUGCAUGUCCCUCCAACUCGAGUCCACUCUUCUCUCCUCCCUUUUCAGGGCUACUCAGGUCCAAGGCUCCAUUGGUCCAACCUCGACGCCAACCAUGCUUCGGGCGACUCAUCUGCUCGACCAGUCGGCGGUUUCGUCGAGUGCCAGGUCUGUCGGUCCGGCUGCCUGUCGGUCUGUCCAGGCCCGGCUCCUGCCUGCCUCGGUCCCACGGGACUGCACAUGUUGCGAGCUAUUCCGCUGGCCGUGCAGAACUUCUGCAUCACCAUCUGCCUGCUCACGGGCACCGUGAUCUUCCGGAUGCGAAGGACUCGGGUAAGCGGUGUACCUCAUCUUCUUGUCCGCGUUUAUGAGGCCAGAAACUGA